GUGCCCCGCGCCCUUCCCGGUGUACGCCAGCCCCGGAAGUGGCCGAACGGCGCGGGCACGACUUUUUCCGUUUUGCCCGUUCUCUUUCUUCUCUUCGCUCCCGGCCCCGCUAUGGCCUCCGUGCGAGCCCCGGCGGCUCGCGGCGGCGCUCGGCCCCCGGUGCGAGCACCCGCGCCUGCCGAGGCCACAAAGACCAAACCAACAGAAGAGAGCGAUGCUCCUCCAGCCAAGAGAGCCCCCAUCUUCUACGGCAGCUUGGAAGAGAAGGAAAAGGAGCGUCUGGCAAAAGGAGAGUCGGGGCUGCUGGGAAAAGAGGGGAUGAAAGCUGCAAUCGAGGCCGGCAACAUUAACAUAAGCAGCGGUGAGGUCUUUGAUCUCGAAGACCACAUGAGUGAGCGGCAGGCGGAGGUGCUGGCGGAGUUUGAGCGCAGGAAGAGAGCCCGGCAGAUCAACGUAUCCACUGACGACUCUGAAGUGAAAGCUUGCUUGCGAGCGCUCGGCGAGCCCAUAACGCUCUUCGGAGAAGGCCCUGCAGAGAGGAGAGAGAGAUUAAGAAAUAUCCUGUCAGUGGUUGGCACAGAUGCCUUAAAAAAGACUAGGAAAGAUGAUGAUAGGUCUAAAAAAUCCAAAGAGGAGUAUCAGCAGACCUGGUACCACGAAGGACCCCGCAGUCUGAAAACAGCGAGGCUGUGGCUUGCGAACUACUCACUCCCCAGGGCAGCGAAGCGACUGGAAGAAGCCCGGCUGCUCAAAGAGAUUCCGGAAGCAACCAGGACAUCACAGAGACAGGAGCUACACAAAUCCCUGCGAUCCUUGAAUAACUUCUGCAGUCAGAUUGGAGACGACCGCCCACUGUCCUACUGCCACUUCAGCCCCAACUCCAAACUCCUCGCCACUGCCUGUUGGAGCGGAUUGUGCAAGCUCUGGUCCGUGCCUGACUGCAACCUUGUUCACACCUUACGAGGACAUAACACCAACGUAGGAGCGAUAGUCUUCCAUCCCAAAGCCACUGUCUCCCUGGACAAGAAGGACGUUAACUUGGCCUCGUGUGCAGCUGAUGGGUCUGUCAAACUCUGGAGCCUUGAAAGUGAUGAACCGGUGGCAGAUAUUGAAGGACACAGCAUGAGAGUGGCACGUGUGAUGUGGCACCCGUCUGGAAGAUUCCUGGGCACCACCUGCUAUGAUCACUCCUGGCGCUUGUGGGACUUGGAAGCUCAGGAAGAGAUUCUCCAUCAGGAAGGGCACAGCAAAGGUGUCUAUGACAUUGCCUUUCACACGGAUGGCUCUCUGGCUGGGACUGGGGGACUGGAUGCUUUUGGCCGGGUGUGGGACUUGCGCACGGGGCGCUGUAUCAUGUUCCUAGAAGGCCACCUGAAGGAGAUCUAUGGACUUAACUUCUCCCCAAACGGAUACCAUGUCGCGACUGGCAGUGGUGACAACACCUGCAAAGUGUGGGACCUCCGCCAGAGGAAGUGCAUCUACACCAUUCCUGCCCACCAGAACCUGGUGACUGGCGUGAAAUUUGAACCCAAUCACGGUAACUUCCUGCUCACGGGCGCAUACGACAACACCGCCAAGAUCUGGACUCACCCCGGCUGGUCCCCUCUGAAAACGCUGGCUGGCCAUGAGGGAAAGGUGAUGGGACUGGACAUCUCCCUCGACGGCCAGCUGAUAGCGACCUGCUCCUACGACAGAACCUUCAAGCUCUGGACAGCGGAGUAACUCAGAGCUGCUGCUGCUAAACAGAGACAUCAAUGGCUUUCAACUAAGACUUGCUUUUAUAUUAAAGGAAAGAAAAGGUAUCGGUUAUUGCAACACACGUUACGGCAGCUGCCCUCACAGGCUGCUCUGGGGUUGAGGUGGUUUUGAAGCCAGGGCUUGGUUGGAAGCAAGUCUUGGGUGGUGCUUUUCCACUUCCCAGGACUGUUCUUGCCCUGCACAUCCUGCUUUCUGCUGGACCGGAGGAGAUGAUCCCUCUGCUUCCACCCUCCCUUCUAAGUAGGCUCACAGGUUUUCUCCAGUCUGUUUUAAGCGUGUAGGGAGCCACAGUGCGGUGUUCUGCUGCUGUCAGUACCCUUCUUACCUUCCCUUUUCCAGGAGUCUGUGGCUUCAAACGUGAUUUGUGCUCCAAGAAAGCAGAACGGACUGUCAGAGUUAUGGGGAGAUGAUGCACUCUGCCUCUGCAGUGCCAUGUCUGAAUGUGGAAGUCUCUGUCCCCUGUGGAUUCACUCAAUAGGUGUUCGAGGCCAGGGGCGUUAUUCUCAUCCCUGUACCAUCUCAUGUCCUGUGCUGGGUGUUUCAAAUCCACAUAGGCUCCUCCUGUUCAAACUUUUGCCGUGUCUCACCUGAGAUGAUAGGAAUGUGGCUGUUUUGUGUAGGAUUGUCCUGUUCCAACUGAUGUUGUUGGGGAGCUUCCUCCGUUGUUGUUUAUUCUUUAAACUGAGGUUUUGUUGUUUAUUCUUUAAACUGAGGUUUUGUUGUUUAUUCUUUAAACUGAGGUUUUGCAAGUGUUGUGUUCUGGGAAACCAAAACAUGUUCUGGGUGUGUGUGCUCCAGCCUCUGGGUCUGACUAAAGAACGGAGGAAUUACAGGGACUCCACACUGCGGUUUGAUUGCUGUCUGCUGUUGAAAAAGCCUUUGGGGGAAGAGAGCGAACGGAUUCCUUGGGAGAGAAAGCAAGUCUGUGCCCAACACUUGCAGAGCAGUUGGAAAUUGUGUUUUAAGGAAAUAAUCCCCCCUACAAGUUACUAUUAUUCUGUCAGAGCAGUUGCCCGGUGGGCUCCCACGUUUCCAGCUUGCUUAGGAUGGAAUUCUGGACACCAAUGAAUGUGUGUCUACACUCCCAUUGUUCCUGGAGUAUAAAUCCCAAGACAGGGUUCCUCGCACUGUGUUCAGCUCCCCUCAACUGGAGCAAGGGGAAGGAAGCCAAGCAUUUGCUGUCCCAAGCCCUGGCACCCUCAGCGCUGCCCCUUGGCUUCUUGCAGCUCCUCCCGUAGCCUGCAGGGAGCUGUAAAUGCAACACACGAGCUUGGCCUGGCGGCAUCCCUGUUUUGGCUUUACUUUAGCCAGCUCUGGUGCCUUCCCGCUGCCUGCAAACGGAAGCUGGUAAAUCUGAU